UCCAAAUAAAGAAACAGGUUUGUUUAGAAACUGAGAGAACGAGAAACUCCCUGCUGGUGAAGCAGAGCAAACCCUCACCUCCUUUCCCUCCCUGUACUGUAGCUGCAAAAACUGUUUGACUGUAAACAGUUUUCUCUCCACCUCACGGCAUAAUGAGUAGAAUUACAUCAGUCUUAAUUUAAAACUGAUAAAUAUGUCUUUGCUAUAUGGCCAAAUGCUUAGAAUUGCAGUAAUAUCCUUCAUUUUCACCCCAUCAGGUUCGACAGUGAUCUUUGAAAACACCACUUCUCCUGGAUCCUCCACAUCCUUGGCAACAACAGUCACCUCUAACGUCACUACAGGUUCGACAGUGAUCUUUGAAAACACCACUUCUCCUGGAUCCUCCACAUCCUUGGCAACAACAGUCACCUCUAACGUCACUACAGUGACAUCUGAAAAUACCACUUCUCCUGGAUCUGCCACAUCUUUGGCAACAACAGUCACCUCUAACGUCACUACAGAUGUGUACUACUGGAUGGUCCUGACUGUGAAUGUGAAUGGAGACCUGAAGAAUGAAUCAGACAUUGAUGACUGGCUCUCUGGUCUAUUUGAAACUUACUUGGACACCUGCAGUCCUGUACUAUCAAAUGGCACGAUGUUGACAGACACACUGCAAACCUCCUCAGUCAGUUCGACAUAUCUGGCUGCUUCCAGCCAGUUUCAGGGCCUGGAAGCGACAUGCGCCAAUAAAACAGAUAUCAGGAGUACUCAAUGCAACAUGCUGCUGAAGCUAAGGAACCCCAUGUUACCCUGUUGUUUCCAGCGGGCCCUGAUGUUGGGGGCGCAGAACAGCUCCAUACAAGCCCAAAUUGUGGGAAAUAGAGUGGAGAGAGUGGGUGCGGGUCUGUGUGAUAGCCAACUUCCACCGAUUAAUGGUUUGGCGAAUUGUGACCCCUUCCUCAACAGCACCUUUUCUCCUCCAAACAUGUGUAACUCCAAGGGACCCGUGAACAUCUCGUGUGGACAGGAUGUGUCUGUUUCUGUACCUCUUGGGAACCAAACCCAAAUGAACUGUAGCAAUUCCACUGAAACCCUUGUCGCGAAUACCACAAUGUGCAACUGCUCUUCUUAUUGUACCAGUACAGAUACUUACUAUACAUUUGGCAUACAGAUCACAGAUCCCACUAUAAACAUUUCAUACAUCUACUAUCUGAUGAAUGUGCUACAAAACACUCUUCUGUGCAACAACAGUUCAGAGAACGGUCCUUCUUGUUUGCUGCCUAACAUAUCGACUAUAAAUCAGGAUACUAAUGUGCAAUGUAUUGGCGAAAUGACUAAUCUCCAAAGUUGCAGGAUUAUUGUACGCUUGAACAUGUACUUCCCUGUAUGUGAAGUAAAUACUGCCUUGAUGGCAGUCUUCAGUACUGAGCAGAAUAUUGGCUACAAUGGACAGGUGACGCAAGCUGGGAUUUGUGGUUCGCCAGGACCAAAUGGAGAUUUAUUGGAUUCAGCGUUUAUCUACCUGAAUUUUUCCAUUACUCCCCUUCAGUUCUGUGGGUUUGAAGAGAGCUUCUACAUAACUGGGUGCAACCAAGGAACAAAUAUAUGUGUCCUCCUAAAUGAGGUGUGCGUCCCCAAUGUUAAUACGUCACCCAGCCCGAUAACAAACAUCACAUUACCGGCGAACACAACCAUGCUGUCUCCUCCACCUUACACCACUUUACAACCCAACACCACCUCUACUGCCUUGAAUACUACCACAUCGCAACCCAACACCACCUCUACUGCCUUGAAUACUACCACAUCGCAACCCAACACCAACUCUACUGCCUUGAAUACUACCACAUCGCAACCCAACACCACCUCUACUGCCUUGAAUACUACCACAUCGCAACCCAACACCAACUCUACUGCCUUGAAUACUACCACAUCGCAACCCAACGCCAUCAGCCAGGGUAACACCACUGCAAACACCUCGGCCCCCAUCGUCCCACCAGCAAAUGCCACGGCAGCCCCUUCAGACAGCACCUCGCCGCCUGUGAUAAUGACCACCCCAGCCUCCAGCACCACAGCUGGCAGUAAUGAACAGCAGGCGAACAACUUGCUGGAUCUGACAAAAGAUGUGUCCGCGCUGAAUACCUCCCAGGUAAAUCAGCUGGUGUCCCAGCUGGAGGCCCUGCUGGCUGGGCCCAACGUCAGCCUGGCCCUGGGAAACACCUCACUGAAUAUUGUCAGCAACCUGCUAGGUGCCUCUCCUGAUGUCUUGGCCUCCUCCUCCACACAGAUCAUUGGGAUUGUUGACACUGUGGGCCUGAAACUGGUCGUCCAGCAGGAGGUUUCGAUUUUAACAAAGUCGGUCGCUCUUGCUGUCAAAACAGUGGACGGGAGUAAUUUCCAGCAAACGUCUUUCUCCAUCCCAGACCCCAACAGUGUGCAGAUCCGUGAUGUCGUCAGAGCCAGGAGGAGUAUGACAGAGGCGUCUUCCCUCCCUCAGGGCUCCGUCACGUUCCCCUCCACUCUCACAGCAAACCUCUCUCCUGAGCAGCAGCUACAGGCCUCCCGACUCCAGUUCAACUUCUACCAGAAGAGCACUGUCUUCCAGGACCCCGCCCUAGGAUCCAGCAGACUGAAUAGUGGAAUACUGGGGGCCAGUGUGGCCAACCUGUCCAUUCAGUCGCUGCGUGAUGAUGUGGUCAUCACCCUGAGAAACACAGAGCCAAUUCCAGCAAACUUUGUGGUUUCAUGUGCAUUCUGGGACUUUAGCGUAAAUGGUGGCUCUGGAGGCUGGAACCGAAACGGCUGCUCUGUCCAGAACAGCACAGACAACGAGACUGUCUGUGCCUGCAACCAUCUCACCAGCUUUGGUGUACUACUAGACCUCUCCAGAACGGGCAUAACCAGCCCUCUCCAGGACACAAUCCUCACCUACAUCACAUACAUCGGCUGUGGAGUGUCUGCCAUCUUCCUGUCCGUCACUCUGCUCACCUACCUGGCCUUCGGAAAACUGCGUAAGGACAUACCUUCUAAGAUCCUGAUCCAGCUUUGUCUGGCCCUGUUGUUCCUGAACCUGGUGUUCCUCCUGGACUCCUGGCUGGCCCUCUACCCCAACGCCAAGGGGCUGUGCAUCUCCACUGCCUGGUUCCUCCACUACUUCCUACUGGCGUCCUUCACCUGGAUGGGCUUGGAGGCAGUUCACAUGUACAUAGCCCUGGUCAAGGUCUUCAACACGUACAUAUCCAACCACAUGCUCAAGUUUUCUCUCGUCGGCUGGGGCGUGCCACUUCUUGUGGUCAUCAUCGUUAUUGCUAUUGAUAAGGACAAUUACGGCCUUGUUGGCUACGCAAAGUACUCGGAUGGCACCCCUUCAGAUGACUUCUGCUGGCUGAAGAACGACAUUGCCUUCUAUGUAGCCGUGGUGGCCUACUUCUGUGUUAUCUUCCUGUUUAACCUCAUCAUGUUUGUGGUAGUGAUGGUUCAGCUGUGUCGGAUAAAGCGGCAGAACCCCCACAACACGAGGCACCGUAAUGGGGUCCAGGACCUCCGCAGUGUGAUUGGGCUCACCCUCCUCCUGGGACUGAGCUGGGGCUUUGCCUUCUUUGCCUGGGGACCUGUCAACCUGGCCUUUAUGUACCUAUUCGCCAUCUUCAACUCUUUUCAAGGGUUCUUUAUUUUUGUGUUCCACUGUGCUGUGAAGGAGAACGUGAGGAGACAGUGGAGGACUUAUCUCUGCUGUGGUAGACUGAGGCUGGCUGAGAAUUCAGAGUGGAGCCGAACUGCAACACAAAAGACAGAAAAGAAGUCUGUUUCAGCAAACACUAGAGUCAUUUCUCUCAGCUCAGAUAACUCCUCUAGAUCCAACAAUUCCUUCAACUCUUCCAUCUUGGCCAGUGACCCCCAAGAAAGGCCUGCUGGAGGAAUAGGUAGUCCAUUUCAUGACAGGACUAUCACUGCCUUAGAAGAGCCCAGUUCAGACGUGGUCUUCAACGAGAUCAACAACCAGUUCAGAACUCAGAGAUACAGAACUCCCUGACCCUGGACCCAGGCCUUCAGCAAGUCUAGUUGGAGACUGGA